GACCUGCGUCUUGGGACGUUCCCUGGGGUACACCGAGGACAGGAUGCGGCCUCACAUGCGCUCACUGGUGUGGGGAAGCUACAACUGGCAUCCUGGAGUAGACGGAUUUCUUUAAUGCAUGCCUGAUGAUGACGGAAAUGUGGUCAGCGGUGCUCGGGCUCCUGUUGUGUCUGCAACCGGGCGCUGCUGCGGCCCGCAGCGUCCCGGGGGCCGACCAGGUGUCCGAGGCCGACAUCCAGCGACUCCUGCACGGCGUCAUGGAGCAGCUGGGUAUCGCUCGGCCCAGGGUGGAGUAUCCCGCCCACCAGGCCACAAAUAUCGUCGGGCCUCAAAGCAUACAAGGUGGUGCUCAUGAAGGGCUGCAGCACCUUGGUCCCUAUGGGAACAUUCCCAACAUUGUGGCUGAGCUGGCAGGUGACAACGUUCCCAAGGACUUGAGCGAUGAUCACAACUACCCGGAUCCACCAAACCCCUGUCCGCUGGGAAAGACUGCAGCAGAUGGGUGUCUGGAAAACGCCCCUGACACCGCCGACUUCAGCCGGGAGUUCCAAAAGCACAGACACCUUUACGGCUCCGGGAAUGAGUACCCCGCUUUGAUGAACUGGAACAAGGAGCGUUUGUACCAAAAGCUGAAGGGAGGACCGAAAAGAAGAAAAAGGAGUGUCAACCCGUACUUGAGGGGACAGAGACUGGACAACGUGGUCGCCAAGAAAUCGGUUCCCAACUUCUACGAAGAGGAGGAGGGCGAGGCAUCGACCGUCUCUGCGACAAAUUAAAGAAGAAGAUGGUCACAGUCUUUUCCAAUGAAUUAUAUGAAAAUAAUGCCUGAGAUUCGUUUUAAACAAUGUCACCAAACUGUUAUUUGUUCAUGACAAUUAUGGGGAAGAACUUUGAAAGAAAUAAUUUCUAUUUCCACUUGGAUAUCAGACCUUGUAAAUUUUUAAUAAAUCAGUCUUUUAAUUUGAUAUAAAGGUAGUACAGAUGAUUAAAUAUGACCACUGAAAAUAUGUAGCUGUUAAAAGCCUAGAAAGAUGUUGAGGUGAAAAUUUCAAAUGCAAUUUUAUUCAGAUUAGUUUGAAACUGGCUAUAUAGAGAUUAAAACACACAAUGUUUAAUUUUUGUACAGUAAAUGUUAACACUUAUGUGUACUUAUCACUGCAAUUUUUACUGGAUGCGAAUCCUUGCUGUAGCAUGUAAAAAAAAAGUGUGCUUCUCCCGAUGAAACCAUAAAGUCAAGCAAUUGUUAUUAUUUUUGUGAGAUUAAUUAAAAUAU